UGGUAUUUUUACGUCUCAGUUAUUCGAUCAAGUCAGUUUACAAAGUAUCGACUAGCCGAGCAUUUGCGUGGAAUAAGAGGGGAACUGGGGCUCCUGGGGUUCUUGACAUCGAGGGGUCCUCUACAAAUCGCUGACUGACGUGAUAACAAAUAACCGCAAAUUGUUGCCAGACAGAAAUAUUGUGAUUUUGUUUUGUUGUAUCCAAUCAAUGCAAAUACAAAUGUUUGUACAUAAUUUCCACAGCCCAACCCCCAAUAUCCAGCUGGUUAGAAGCUAGAGGUUAUGAUUAGUUGCUCUGGGUUGGAGCCCAUCAAUGUCAAGUCUGUAGUUUGCUUUGUUGGCUACAUCCAAACGGUUCGGCCGGGCAGCAGGCGCGCGUGAUUUAGUCGAUAUACAUAUAUAUAUAUAUAUAUAGUAUUGCUAUAGUCCGAUGUCCGAUCUGGCAGUUGUGGGCCUGCCGCUGCGCGUGGGCGAUAAGUUUGCGCCGGAUCUGAGCAUGCGACGCAUUUUUAACACAAAAUGCUUUCGCUUCGAGCGCCAACAGCACGAGGUGGCCAAUCAUUAUCGCGACUUUAAGCUGCAGCAAUCGUCGCUGCCGCCGAGUCGCAGCUGCCACCUGCCGCUGCGGCAACGUCUCGUGCGUCAGCGUCGGGCACGCAGUCGCCUCCAGCGUCCAAACUUUGCCUCGCCCUGUGCUCAAUUCCGUGCCGAGUUGCCCGCCCAUGUGCACUAUUUUCCAAGAUUCGACAAUACGUAUGCACCCCGUGGCCGGCAAACGAUUUGCUCGGCUGAGCCACCGGACGACACCUACAACGAUACGCUGCGUCGCAUCAGGAGCGCCCACAGCAGCGCCCAACUGAAGGCGCUUGUCGAGCGGCAUUUAAACUGACGCAGCGGCGUCGGCGGCGGCGACAGCGGCGCCGGCAAGAGGGGGGCAAUUGGAACGGGCACGAGGACGUGCAAUGAUGGCAACCACAAAUGGCAACAACGUGACCAACGCGGCGGCAGCACCAGCAGCAAAUAUGAGCAGUGUGUUUUAAAUAUUAAUACGGCAAAGGUGGAAAGCCUACAACGGCAGCAGCGACAUCGUCGCAUCGAUCUGUCUACAUAUUUGCAACUCGCCAGUGGCUACUACGAACGGGGGUUGCAUGCCAACAUCAAGUACCUGCAAUCGAUUGGACAGCGUAAUGCAAUAAAGCAUCAGCAGCAGCAGCAGCAGCAACAGCAACAGCAGCAGCAGCGCCACAGGCAGCGACGCUUCUCAUUGGAAGCCUGGCCGCAGCAGCAAACAGUUGAUCAGCAGCAGCAAUUGAGUGAAUUUUUUAAGAAUUUGCGCCAGCGCGAGCGUUGCCAGACAUUGCUUGACCAGGGCUGCACAACAGAUGCCAUAAGCGUGCACAUAACGCCAGUGCUGCGCGCCGAAACGGACAUGUGUGAUUAUGUAAGGCAGUGUGGUGAGAAUAGCAACAAUAAUAUUGAGAGUAGCAGCAACAACAGCAACAGCAGCGAUCGCAGCAGCAGCACUAACAGCGCUUUAACAGCGCCAAUCGAUCAACGCCAGCAGCAGCAGCAACGCAAGCUGUACGAAAUUAUCGAUAACUUCAGCCAAUUGAGUUUGCGCGAUAACAGUCUGCCGCUCAUUACGCUCACGGACUACACGCAACAGGUGGCGCUUUAUGGCGCCAAUUUGGAUAUUGCCGGCGAUUGUGCAAACACCCAACGAAACCGAACCACCAACAUAAUACAACUGUAAUACGCGAUAGCAGCAGCAGCAGCGGCAUCAACAACUGCAAUUAAUUGCCAACAACCAACAAAAAAAAAAAACCAACAAAAAAAACAAACAAACAAGCAGCAAAAAUAGACAACAAAAUAAACGCUGAACAAAGCAAAAACGCGCACGUC